AUGGCCGCCCAGCAGGCCAACUUCCGCAUGGAGCCCGGGAGCGACGCCAUGAAGCAGCGCAUGCAGGCGAUGAUGCGCUACAACCGGCUGCGCCAGGAGACGCGCGCCUCGAACGCGGUGCUCCAGGUCAAGCGCAAGCACCAGCGGCGCGAGGCCGUCGACCCGCGCGCCGACGAGACCUCGCUCGAGCGGCAGCAGAUGCAGGACCGGUCGUACUACGAGUACGGCUGCGUGACCGACGGCCUGCGCGCGGACCUGGGCCUCGAGCGCUACCACGAGGACCUGGCGAACCAUUCCGCGAGCGUGCAGGAGUCCGCCGCGCGGCCCAUCGAGGAGGACCUGGAGGAGGGCGAGGACGACGACGAGCGGCGGCGCGAAAAGGCGCGGCGGCGGCGCAAGGCGGGCAUGCGCGACAUCCGCGUGCACCCCUUCGAGGUCGACGAGCUCGACCACCGGUGCUGCCGCGGCCAGAUGCCGGGCUGGGACCCGUACCGCUACUCGCAGCAGAUGCUCGAGACCGAGGCCGAGAACAUGCGCCAGCUGCGCAUGUCGGUCGCGGACAACAAGCAGACCAAAAAGCUCACGGGCACGUCGAAGAUCACGCUCGACCUCCAGCGGCCCGGGCCGACGACGCUCACGCCCGUCGACUUCGCCAAGUACCUCGCGCGCUGCGAGGGGCUCACGCUCGCCGAGUGGUGCAAGGAGCAGGACGUGCGCACGGAGCGCGCGCUGGAGCGCGAGCGCUUCAAGAUCACGGAGCGCGUCAAGCGCGCGGAGAAGGAGGCCGAGGACCCGCGGCCCGACCGGAAGCAGUUCCGCGACGCCGAGGUCGCGCUCGUCGCCAAGCGCUGCGGCGCCGGCGCGAUGCGCAAGGCCCGCAACCGGCUGGGCAAGAGCAUGAAGCCGUCGCGGCGCGCGCGCGACGCCAGCUCGGUGCUCGGCAUGAUGCUGCUGCGCUCCCAGGGCUUCGGCAUGGUGCACCCGGAGCAGGACGUCUUCUGGAUCGAGCACGAGCUCCUCAUGGCCAAGGAGCGCAUCGAGCCGCGCCGGGAGCGGCUCGUCGAGCUCGGCAUCACGCACAUCCUCAAGGCGCGCGCCCCGCGCCCGAAUCAUCCGUCGUCUCUUCCGCGAUGUACGCACGACGCGCGCAGGUCGGCCCGGUCCUUUCGAACCAGCACCCCCAGGACUUCAUCUACUGCCGCCUCUACGUCUCGGACAAGGAGACGGCGCGCCAGGACGACAUCCGCCGCGAGUUCGGCAUGGGCCUGGCGUUCGCGUCCGAGGCCCUGGACCUCGGCGGCCGCGUGCUCAUCUGCUGCCCGACGGGCUGCCGCCUCGCCGUCGCGGCGACGGUCGCGCUGCUCAUGCAGAAGCGCGGCAUGCGGCUCUCGACGGCCUACGGCGUCGUGAAGCUCCACGAGCCGGCGCUGCAGCUCUCGCGCGCGCUCUGCCUCUGGCUCAGCCUCUACGAGAUCGAGCUGCACCACGAGUCGUCCGUGGUGCGCGACCGCACGUUCACGAACCCGUCGCUCAAGCAGCUCGUCGGCGAGCUCGGGCUCGAGCCGGCGCUCCCGUGGCCGCUGCCGAUCUACUUCCUCGUCGGCACGGUGGUCCUGCCGGACCCGUACGCGUUCUGGAACGGCCGGCCGCGGACCGACUUCCGGCCCUGGCGCAAGCGGUACUGCGCGCCCCGGCGCCGAACUUCCCGUUUUUGCUCGGGCUCAGCUUCGGUGUCCACCCAGGCUACUACUGCUGCUGCUACUGCGUCGACCCGGCCGCUAUCUGCCGCGGCGCGGCGGCGCUCGCGCGGAAGCUCCGGCCGAAGAAAACCGAGGACGACGCCGUGUCGCACGCGUCCGUCGCGUCCGUCGACUUCGACGUCGGCACCUUCGCCUCGGCCUCGGUCGUGACGGAGCCGACGGUUGCGACGUCGGCGUCGGCGGGCGCUUUCAUCGUCGACGAGCCGCGGUCGCCCGACCGCAGGGGCCGCCGCGGCCGCCGGGCCAAGAAGGCGAGCGCCGUCGCGGCGGCCGCCGCGCCCGCGCCCGCGGCGGCCGACGACGCGUCCGUCGCGUCCGAGCUCACCGUCGAAACCUUCGGCUCGCUCGCGACGCACGGCACCGCGGUCACGCAGGGCUCCACGGUCUCCCUGCGGUCCGCGCGGCCGCCCGCCGAGGGGCCCGCGGCGCCCGAGAAGCCGGGCUUCCUCGCGCGCGCGAGGCGGUUCUUUCGGCGGAAGUCCUGA